AGAGAGGGAGAGAGAGCUAACAGGAUAUUUUGUCACUAUGGUUACGGGCAGCAGAUACGGAUCUUGAUUUCUGUGUGUCAUGCCGCUCUCAUUUAGGAAAGAGCGGUUGUAGUGUUGUCAGGACAGUCCUUAUAAUUAUUGGGUGUCUUCUGGAUCAAUGUGACUUCAUCAUACCUGCCGUGAAAUAUAUUCAAUCUGUGAGUUACUGGUUCCUUAAAUAUCAAGAUGGGUUCUACAGCUGCCUCGGUGAUAUUUACGGUCCCAACCACCAACAACUCUAAUAAAACGACUUGCAACACCCUCUACGCCCACCGGGACUACGCCAGGGUCCUCAUGCCUCUUUUCUAUGUCGUUGUGUUUGUUGUGGGGCUGCUUGGCAACUGCCUCGCCCUGCAUGUCAUCCGUCCCAAUUUGAAGAAGAUCAACUCCACCACCCUAUACUCCCUCAACCUGGUCGUCUCGGACAUCCUCUUCACCCUCUCUCUGCCUUUGAGGAUUAUCUACUACGCCAUGGGCUUCCACUGGCCUUUGGGCGAGGCGCUGUGCAAGAUCUCCGGAAUCAUCUUCUACAUCAACACCUACGCCGGGGUCAACUUCAUGACCUGUCUCAGUGUGGACCGGUUCAUCGCUGUGGUCCUGCCUCUGCGUUUCGCACGACUCAGGAAGGUCAGUAAUGUGCGCUACAUCUGUGUUGGGGUGUGGCUGCUGGUCCUGGCACAGACCCUCCCCCUGGUGGGCAUGCCUAUGACCAACAAAGAACCUGAUGGCUUCAUCACCUGUAUGGAAUACCCCAACUUUGAGAAGGUCGACCACAUCGCAACUAUCCUGCUUGGUGCUGUCUUCCUUGGUUUUGUCCUGCCUGUGUCGACCAUUCUCAUAUGUUACUCUGUGUUGUGCUCCAAACUCCACUUUUCAGCCAAGUCCAACCAUUUGACGGGAAAGUCUGGCCGGAGCCAAAAGGCCAUUGGUGUGAUCUGCUGCGUUUCCAUAGUGUUUAUUAUUUGUUACAGCCCCUACCACAUCGACAUCCUGCAGUACAUGAUCCGCAAACUAGUGUCUAGCCCUGAUUGCGCCGAUCUCACAGCCUUUCAGAUAUCGCUGCACAUCACUGUGUGUCUGAUGAACCUCAACUCCUGUUUAGACCCGUUUAUCUACUUCUUUGCCUGUAAGGGCUACAAGAGGAAACUUCGUAAGCUGCUGAGGCUUCAGGUAAGCAUGUCCUUCUCCAGUGCAGUGAGGACGUCGCCUGAAGGCUCCUCCAAGGACAUUGUUGAGGGCAACAAGAUCCCACUCAACAGCUCUAUAGUAGGUUCAACCAGUGAAAGACUCACAGAGAGGAGAUUCCGCCGGGAAGAGUAAACGAGAAAACUGUCACCAGUUACUCAAGAUGAAAGGACUGUUUACGCCUGCUUUAAUCCAAACCAGUCUAAUAGAGUUUGAACAUUGAAAUGGACUGCCUUCAGGGAUGAGACUUGUUUGCAUCAGAAAAGGCUUAUAAAGGAACAUGGACCAAAUGAAUCAACAUUUUUUGAACGGAAAUUCAUCACUUCCUGUAUUUGUGAGUUUGUCAGAAAAGCAAAGAUAACAAACUGCAGCUAAGGAAAUAUUUAAAUAAAGCAUGCUUCUCUCCUGCCCGUAGACUGGGGGUUCAUGAGGAAGAACAUGUUCGGAAGUGGACAGUCGAUCCGAUACAGUCAUAGCCUUAUUCAAAUGUCUAUUGACUGACAAAUGUUGUCAAAGCUAGCCUCAUGUACGGUAUGUGAAGAGUAAAGCAGGAUACUCAUCUGAAAAUUACUUUUUGAAAGAAAGUAAUAUUUGUAACCGGAAAGUGACCUCACAUCCUCAUUGUGUUACUUUAAUGAACUGAGAUGUAAAGGUAGAAGUAGUUUUCAUUCCCAAAUGAAAUCAAAAUCUCAGUUCAUUUGCCUCAAGCUUCAUUUCUGCAAAUUAUUGUAAUGUCUCAGGAAACGAUACACUGUGCAGUUGUCUCGCAAAGGAAUGUAUAUGUAUUGGUUCGAAAAGCACCACAUAUUUUUCAGUUGUAACAUGACCACAGUUGUCCUUGUGGUUAAAGUGUGUGUAUUGUCAUUUAAUUCAAAUGGGCCCUGUAAGGUUUUGCUUCUACAGAAGAUGUGUUUACUUCCAGUGUAUUCCCUAUAAUGCAAUGUGUGUUUCAUUUAGGUCUAACAAAUGUUUUGAGUGCAUUUCAUUUCACAUUAAACAUUUGCAAAGCCAUUUUUUCUGUAUU